GAAAUAACAUCAUUCACCAGCUGAUUGACUCCUUGGCAGGGCGUUAUACCUUCACAAAGCAAAGAAGGGAGUAUAAAACAAAUCCCCAGCAGUCGGAGCACCAGACCUCAGACUCUCAAGCUGCUGACAGACAUCAUUAUCUAGAGUAAAAAGCUUCCUAAAUUAAAUUCAAAUUAAAAUUAAAUUAAAAGAGACCUCGACCAUGCCACGUCCUGUGCUACUCAUUCACGGGGGAGCCGGCGACAUUCCGGAAUCGCGCAUCAUCGGCAAGUUCCUGGGCAUCAAGCAGGCCCUCCGCUCCGCCUGGCAUUUGCUGCAACCGGAGGAGAAUGGCGGCGCCGGUGGUAGCGCCUUGGAUGCCGUGGAGGCAGCGGUGCGCAGCAUGGAGCUGGACGAGAACUUUAAUGCUGGCUACGGCUCCUGCCUGAACACCAACGGCCAGGUGGAGAUGGAGGCCAGCCUCAUGGAGGGUCGUGAUUUGCGAGCCGGCUGUAUCACCCUGCUACGUGAUGUGAUGCAUCCCAUUACGGUGGCUCGACGACUCAUGGAGAAGCAGCGGCACACCUUCCUGGGCGGCGAUGACGCUCAAGAGCUAGCCCUGGCCACAGGCAGUGAGCGUUUGCAGCCGGGAGCCCUUGUCACGGACGGUGCUCGCUAUACGCUCAAGGAGUUCCAGGAGCAGGUGGCCCAGGGCAGGGAUCCCUUCUUUGCACGCACAGAAAUGGCCGCCAGAGAGGAGAAGACCCCAGCUCCAGCUCCAGAGCCAGUUGCAGUGCCAGUUCCCAAAACCGAUCCCAGUGGCGAGACCGUGGGUGCCGUGGCCAUGGAUGCACAGGGCCAUAUUGUGGCUGGCACCUCCACAGGCGGCAUCACUGGCAAGUGGCCGGGUCGCAUCGGAGACACACCCAUUUUGGGCAGCGGCACCUAUGCGGAUAAUGGACGUGGUGGUGUCUCAACGACAGGACACGGCGAGACCAUCAUGCGUUACAAUCUGGCACAACGCAUCCUGGCAGCCAUCGAGUACAAGGGACUCUCCGCCCAGGCCGCAGUGGAUCAGGAGUGCCGGGAGAUGACCAAGCGACUGGGAGGCACCGGCGGUGCCAUUGUGGUAGGCCAUGACGGUGAUCUGGGCAUCGGCUUCACCUCUCAGCGCAUGGCCUGGGGCUAUGUCCAGGAUGGCACCAUAUUCUAUGGCAUCGAGGGAAAGGUGGUGCACCAGGAGCCUUUUGAGGUCCAGGCUUAACUUGGUGGUAAGAUCACAAAAUUUCUAUAAAAGCAAAUACAAGAAUUUUAAAUUAUGCGGCUCAAUAAAUACAGUUUUCUGUUAACUUA